CUCAUCACACCCCAUCUAGCAGCAAGGAGUGGAGUGGACAGCGCAAGUCUUUUCUUCUUGGCUAGAAUUCCCGCCGGGUGUUUUUGCCUUGAAUGAUCCUCAAAUCCAAAUUCCGUUGGUUUUUAAAAACCCUACGUUACGUCAGUCCCGAGGUUUUCUGCUUUCUGACUCUCUCUCACAUUCUCCGUACCUCUCUCCAGUGUUCUCUCUGGAAUUGCUCCUGCUGAAUUCGGAUAUUGGGAUUAACUGAUGAAGAGUCCUUGCAAAGAAAGCAAGAUUCCCAGUUAUAAACGUAUUAAGCAAGAACCUUCAAGUGAAGCAAUUGACGUUUCUGUGACAAAGAACAUUGCACAACGAGUUCAAAAAGUUGAGUCCAAGGGGUCUCUAGAGAGAAGAUGCAGUCCUAGGCUUAAAAAUAAGCCUCAAGAGAAAAGGCCGUGCUAUGAUGAAGGUCAGAGCAUGAAGUUAGAUGAUCCUGAACUCGACAUCUGCAAGAAAGAAGUUGAAGGAGAGUCAACAGGGCAUGGACAGAGAAGAUGGUGUCCAAGACUUGAAAGUAUACCUGAUAAGAGUAGGCCUAAACAUGAUGUGUGCAAGAAAGAAACUGGAGAUUAUAAUCGGAAGAGACAUUUAGAAUCCCCUGGAGAUAAUGCUGGCAAGAGAUGGAGCUUCAUUAAUCAUCCAAUGCAAGAAUGGCUACCUGAUAUCGAUAGAAAAGGCGGAGAAGACGGGCUCAAAAGAAGUGGUCUGGCCCUUGGUUCCUUACCUUUUAAAUUUGAUGACACAGAAAUUGAGUUAGAAAACAAUGCUAAUCUGAAAUGGACGGACUAUCAAAGUUUUGUAGCUGAUAGUAUCAAACAGAAGGCCUGUACAGCAGUGAAAGAGACAGCAAGGACUUUUAAUAAUCAUCACCUUAGCUGUGUUCAGGAAGAAGAGAAGAGAUAUGAGAAGGUAGAGGCCAGAGAUCCUCAGGUUGCUGAUUAUACUGAUAAUAAGGGAAAUUCAUCCACUGCUAAGUGUACUUCAAAGCAACCAAUUCUGAAGGAAAUUUCCGAGGCGUCAAAGAAGAAUGAACAAUCAUACACUGAAAAACAAGUUGCUUAUCUACCUGGUAUUACUGUUGGGCAUAAAUUCUUCUCUCGAGAUGAUAUGGUGGCUACAGGUUUCCGUGGACAUUGGUUGAAUGGAAUUGAUUACAUACGCAAGCUUUGUGGCAAAUUGGGUAAGAACAAUGAGUAUAGCAGCCUGGUAGCAGUGGCAAUCGUUUUGUCUGGACAAUAUCAAGACGGUGUUGAUUGUUUAAAUGAAGUAGUGUAUACAGGCCAAGGCAGAAACAACAUGAAUGGUAGUAAGAGUCAAACUAAAGAUCAAGUUAUGCAUUGUAGUAAUUUGGCUCUUGAGAAUAAUAUGGAGCAAUCUGUACCUGUCAGGGUCAUCUGUGAGCAUAAACGUGGUGAUAAUCAAAGUGGCAAAGUUUACACAUAUUGUGGUUUGUACAAGGUUGUACGUUGCUGGUCUUUUAAAAGGGCUUCUGGAUUUACUGUUUCUAAGUACUGUUUGAAACGACUUCAAGGGCAGCCCAAAGUUGAGAUAGAUGAGGUUUGUUUUGAACAAGAAAGAACUAUCGGCAAAUUGCAUGGCUUGGUGUGUGAGGACAUCUCUUUUGGGAAAGAAGACAUACCUAUUCCUGUUAUCAAUGUAAUUGAUAAUCCUCCUAUAGCACCUCCAGGCUUUAAAUAUAUCAAGUCUGUUCAAGUUGCAAGAAAUGUGAUCAUUCCUCCAAGUGCCUCUGGGUGUGAUUGUAAAGGAAAAUGUACAAAUCCAAGGUCUUGUUCUUGUGCUCGACUUAAUGGCUUUGACUUUCCAUACGUGGACAUAGAUGGUGGCAGAUUGAUUGAAGCAAAGGAUGUGGUGUUUGAAUGUGGUCCUGGAUGUAGCUGUGGACCUAGUUGCAUUAACCGCGUCUCUCAGCGUGGAUUGAAGUACCAACUUGAGGUCUAUCGUACAGCAGACAAAGGAUGGGCUGUUAGGUCUUGGGAUGUAAUUCCUUCUGGUGCUCCAGUGUGUGAAUACUUUGGAAUUCUUAGGAGGAAUGAUGAAUUGGAUAACGUCUCUGGGAAUGAAUUUAUAUUUGAUAUUGACUGCUGGCAUACAAUGAAUGAAAUAGGGGGAAGAGAGAGGCGACAAGGUGAUGGGUCUGCACCUGCAAUUGAUCCUCUGAAGAAAGUAGAUGUCAAGAUGGAUGAAAGUGAAUCUGAGUUUUGCAUAGAUGCGAUCUCUUAUGGUAAUGUUACCAGAUUUAUUAAUCAUAGUUGUCAGCCCAACCUAUUUGUCCAGUGCAUUUUGAGCACCCACCAUGAUAUCCGACUUGCUCGAAUUGUGCUAUUUGCAGCAGACGAUAUACUUCCUAUGCAAGAACUUACUUAUGACUAUGGCUACGCGCUUGAUAGCGUUGUUGGUCCUGAUGGGAAACUAAAACAGUCGCCAUGCUACUGUGGCACGGAUGAGUGUCGGGGGCGCUUAUAUUAGGUCCUACUUUCCGCGCGUAUAGUGCCAAUUACCAAUCCUGGUAUGAAUUAAUUUUUCUGUGGGUAACUAAAGAAAAGGGUGGCACGAUUGUGCACCAGAAAAGGGAAAUCCCAAGGAAUUGGGUAAUAUCCUUUGAUAAAGAUGGCUCAUUUCUUUUCUUGCCUUUUCCUUCCAUUACAUUACUGUUGGUACAAAUGGUUAGUCAAUAUUAAUCAAAUCAUAGCAUGACUUCAUUAGCACGAUUCUCACACUCAUAGGGCGAAUUGUAGCCAGCAACACUGCAAAUCACAGGAAACUCACUGUGUCUUCGCUAUUGAUGAUCCCCAAGGGGACUUGUUCAUGGAUGUUGCUAUCAUUCAUCAAACCUCCAAACCUCUUAAAAGCUGCAUACCGGUGUUUAGGCUGCUUCAUUGGAUGUGCUUGAUGGGGGGGGAGGUGGAUUAAAUUGGUGCUUGGUGGCCAAUAGAAGUGCAUAAUUAAGGUUGUGUUGUGGGAACUUCCCGUUGAUGGAAACAUAUCUACCCGAACUGGAGCUGUCAUGUUGAUGUUUGCUGCCUGAUCAUUGUUUCCUUGAAUAUAGGCAAAGAGGCUGACACAUGAUCCAUAACAAGGUUGAAUUCAUUAGCAAAACUUCAAGGCCAGGUAAGCAUGGAUGUGAUUGUAAUUUUAAGUGUGGGAGAAUUGGUCAGGUGGUGUUCCAUACAGGCACACACGCUUAUGGAGGAGAGAAUCUUUGAAAGCCUAUGAAUUGCACUAGUGUGGCAAAUGAUUAGCUUAUUAUUAAAUUAUUUAAAGCUUGAGACCUGUAGGGUA